UUGUUUUUGUUUUAAUUCUUUGCAUUUUAAAGAAAUCUUCCGUGAUCUCCAGUGUGUCUUAUGCAAGGUAAUAAAUUAUCCUCAUUUUGAAAGUUGGAACAAAGUUACAUCUUUCACCUCACGGAAGACAGCAACGCCCAGCAGCAUGGAAGAGUAGGAUACUUGCUUACAAUUUUAUCGCUCCCCGUUGCUGCCAGCCAACAAGACUGAAACCGCAUCAGUUGAUGCCAUUGAGUUGCCUCACACUGUUGGGUCUUACGCUUGCCCUUUGAUGCGUGCAAUGCCACCCUGUUCCCUCCACGUUACCUGCAUGACGCUAAGAGAACAUUCGUCAACGAAUCCAGCUGUUCCCGUGCACGCAGCUUGCAAACUGGGUCCCGGGGAAAGCCGCUGCAAGCCUUAGACCUGGGCGCAGGAGGAAUAUGUGGGUGCUGCCGCCAGAUGCUUAGCAGAACAUGGUUCGCCGAGGGAUCGUGGCAUGGCUCCCUCGGGUGGUCCUCCUGCUGGUGGUCCUCUGUUGUGCGGUGUCCGUGCUCUACAUGCUGGCCUGCACCCCGCGAGGUGACAGCCAGCAGCUUGCCUUCCCCAGAGUCAACAGCCCUACGGGAAAAGAGGAGUACCAGUCGAUCUUGCAGGAAAGGGAAGAGCACCACUGGGACUACGUUGGCAGCCUGAAGAGGCAGAUUGCAGAGCUGAAGGAUGAGCUCCAGGAGAGGAGCGAGCAGCUGAAGAACAUGCAAGGCCACGGCACGGACUCGUUGGGAGUGGGGAUAGACCAGCGGGACCCAGAGAAGCCCCACAAAGCCAUCUCGCAGUUCCUGCAUUCCCAGGUUGACAAAGCGGAAGUGCACACGGGGGUGAAGCUGCCCAAUGAGUAUGCCGCGGUGCCCUUUGAGAGCUUCACCCUGCAGAGAGUGUACCAGCUAGAGAUGGGUCUGACUCGUCACCCCGAGGAGAAGCCGGUGCGGAAGGACAAGCGAGAUGAGCUGGCAGAGGCUAUUGAGCUGGGCUUGGAGACUUUGAACAGCCCAGAGAGAAGCAGCAACACAAACCGCCGGGCCUAUUCCCCCUCUGACUUCAUAGAAGGCCUUCGCAGGACGGAAAGAGAUAAAGGCACCCUGUACGAAUUGAUAUUCAAGGGAGGCAAAGCAUAUGAAUUCGAGCGAAUUGUCCUAUUCAGACCGUUUGGCCCCAUCAUGAAAGUUAAGAACGAAAACCUCAAUAUGGCUGACACCCUUAUCAAUGUCAUAGUCCCGCUGGCUAAAAGAGCCAGCAAGUUCCGGCAAUUUAUGCAGAAUUUCAGGGAAAUGGGCAUAGAGCAGGACAGGAGAGUUCACCUCACUAUCGUUUACUUUGGGAAAGAACAAAUGAGCGAGGUCAAAGGAAUCCUUGAAAACACAUCCAGAUCAGCCAACUUCAAGAAUUAUACCUUCAUCCAGCUGAACGAAGAGUUCUCAAGAGGGAAAGGCCUGGACGUGGGUGCGCGGUUUUGGAAAGGAAGCAACGUUGUCCUCUUCUUCUGUGACGUAGAUAUAUACUUCACAGCAGAAUUCCUCAACACAUGUAGACUGAACACACAACCAGGGAAGAAGGUGUUUUACCCAGUUCUUUUCAGCCAGUAUAACCCAGGCUUAAUUUAUGGACACCACGAUUCCAUUCCACCUGUACAACAGCAGUUGGUUAUAAAAAAGGAGACUGGGUUUUGGAGAGACUUUGGUUUUGGAAUGACUUGCCAAUACCGCUCUGAUUAUAUCAACAUUGGAGGAUUUGAUCUCGACAUAAAAGGGUGGGGAGGAGAAGAUGUACACCUGUACCGCAAAUACCUCCACAGCAACCUCAUUGUGGUCAGGACGCCUGUCCGGGGCCUCUUCCACCUCUGGCAUGAAAAGCACUGCCUGGACGAGCUGACCCCGGAGCAGUACAAAAUGUGCAUUCAGUCCAAGGCCAUGAACGAAGCCUCUCAUGGCCAGAUGGGGAUGUUGUUCUUCAGGAGGGAGAUCGAGGCUCAUCGGCGCAAGCAGAAAGCAAGCCAUAGGAAGUCUUGAAGCCAAAGAACUUACCGGUACUUCGGAGAUAAAAAAACCAAGAACCUCAAAAUCUGACUCAGAAGGGUGUUCCCAAAACCACACUCGCAGGAGAUGAAAUGCUUCUCUUGGUUAUUGCUUGUGGGGCUUUUGA